AUGGCGGGGUCUCUUAGGACAAUCGUCUGUAGUAUUUUUGUUGGAAUAUUCUUGCAGAGAUACAGUAUUACGAUCGGAUUAUGGAGAGAUAAGAACUUGCAGAAAGAAAAACAUUUUGAUGGUUACAACUGCCACUACCUCCUCGAAGAAUACGGUGCUGAAGACAUCGCCACGACAUCCGAUGGCCUUGCAUUCAUCACUUCUGGCCUCGGCCCAUACCCUCCCUUCAUCAAAAAUGAAGCACCAAGUGCCAUCUACGUCAUGGACCUGAACGUUUCGCCAGUUCGUCUCACAGAAGUCACCAUCAAGUCGUCACAGGAUCUCAAACUCAAUCCCCACGGCCUGGACUUAUUCGAAGAUGGUGACAAAAUCUACGUCUUUAUUGUUAACCACCACCAGGAUUUGUCGGUGGAAGCAGUUGAGAAGUUUGAAUAUCUAAUUGAAACGAAUGAGCUUGUUUGGAUCAAAUCCUUCAUCAACCCAGACGUUCUCAGAUCAGUCAAUGAUGUUGUUGCUGUUGGGCCCGAUGAGUUCUACUGCACAAAUGAUUUUUACUCAACGCACAAGACUCCUAUCCAAAGAAUGAUCGAGCAAUAUUCAACUCUCAAGCUCGGUUCCGUCGCUCACUGUAACGAGCAAAAAUGCGAAUUGAAAACAUCUUAUCAUAUUGGAAUGGCAAAUGGGAUCACUACUCGAACGAUUGACGGAAAGACAGAAGUGCUUGUCAUCUACUGCUACGAUGACAAAAUUGGCGUUUAUGAGAUCCUCGAGAACGGAGAUCUUACAUUUACUCGGACAAUUGCUAGUUCUCCUACAAUGGACAAUUUUUGGAAUGCACCAGAUGGCUCCAUCUACCUUGCUGGAAAUGACAAGAUGCCUCUAGGAAGCGAAGUCCUGCGAAUCCUCUCUAAUUCUGACAAAAUGGAACAGGUUUACUUCGACGAUGGCGCAGAGUUUACUAUGGCGUCGAUCUUCGUUAUUUGGGGCGAGAAUAUCUUGCUGGGCUCUCCUAAUCAUAAGUUCAUGGCCUGUAAGAAACAAUAA